GACCUCCUAUAUGAGAAGAGGUAGAGGUGCAGCUGAGCACAAGUUUGUCUGAUAAGGAAGCGCAAUGGCAGAUAAUGGUGUUGUCUUGUGUAACUUCAGCCUCAAACCCGGACACUCCAUAGAGGUGAAGGGGUUCAUUCCCGAGGGCUGUAAAAAGUUCAACAUAAACUUGGGAACCGGUGAUAAGAAUUUUGUGCUACACUUUAACCCUCGCUUUGAUGCCCUUGACGUUAAGAACAAGAUCAUCAUGAACUCGAUGGUGGAUAAUGUCUGGGGAGAGGAGCAGGAGGAAAGCUUCUUCCCCUUCCAGGAGGGGGCAGACACCGCGGUUUCCUUCCAGUUUGAGAAAGAUGCGAUCGCCAUACGAUUGUCUACCGGAAACCCUCUCUCCUUUCCAGUCCGCGUUCCCGUAGAGGAGAUCACGUACUUGGCCGUCAAAGACCUCCAGCUCAAGUCCAUCACACUAAAAUGAAGAAUCCCUGCAGUGGAAUCCCCCCCCCCCCCCCCCCCACGUGUCCAAAU